CUCGUCCGCGUCCGGGUCCAUCUGAUAUUUUUUCACGAAUUUUCGCGUUUUCUGAGGCUUCUGUUGAAAGAUGUCUGAAUCAUUCAACACAAUUGUUCACAAGUGUCUGAAGGCUCUCGUUACGACUUCUUUGAGCACAAGUGCAUCUUGCAUCGUUAUUCGUUUUCACGAGAAAGCCCUUCGUCUGCUUGUGGGUGAUAACGGGGAAGGCCUGUCCCCCGAUGAUUUGGGAAAUAUUGCGAGUGAAAAGAAUGCACCGGCAUUGAGGGCAUCUGAUGCUCUGCGAUUGUUCGAGAAGAACGUUCUGGCGUUGCGAGCGGUUACAGCCUCCAUAUUUGUUAUGAGCAGAUACAAAGAUUACGAUACAGUUGGACAGAUCCUGACGAAAGAUUUGGUUUGGAAGAAGAGCUCGAUCCCGAGGCGUGCAUUUCCGGGAACGACCGUUUCUCUGAGGUUUAGCCGAGACAAAGGCGAUGCCACCAGAGUUCAUUUCCAUGAGCUGAAGGCCAUUGUUGGGGCUUUUGCAUUGAAUAACCCUCACGUAUUCUUUUCACUGUGUGACGACGAAAAGAAGGAGACAAUUUUCCGAAUUAGAAGACAGAACGAAACCAUACACACCCUACAAACAAUCUGCAAUCAACCCCUGGCUCCUGAAAAGAUUCAUUCCAUUCAGAAUGAGAGAAUAAGAGAUCGAGUUCUGACUGGGUACUUUGGCUACGACUGUUCUCGAGAAAUUAUUCAACGAAUAUUCUUGAACAACGAAGAAGUGAACUGUCCAGAAAUCAAGAAAAUCAUCAUCACCAACUACUUGAAGACUGUGAAUUCCUGUGGCACUGGGAAUGGUCUUCACUUCAGCCUGAAGAAGGAAAAAAUUCUUUUCCUGCUCUACAUCAACUCUCCGGAUGGCUCCCUCCAGAAUUUGGUCGAGGACGAGGGGUUCUUGGAGACUAUGGAGUUACGUAUCGUCAGGGCACUUUUCCUGCAGCUGGAGGCAAUCCCUCUGAAGGACUUGAGGGACAAUUUCCUAUUGAAGGUCAAUGAGCCUGUCACGAGGCAGCGAAAGGACUCGAAAAAACGAAAGACCAAAGAAGGGGAGCGUCCAGUCUUGAAGAAGAGAUUUGCCUCAGACCUGAAACAGGUCAGCCUGCCUUUGCUCUGCUUCACCUGCAAUAAAUUUCGACCCUCGACGAUGAAAUAUCAGAGCUCUCACAAAGGGAUCAAGGGAGAUUCUAUGGGAAAUGCUAUUAAUGAGCCUAAAACUACCUGUGAUGUUGAGAUCAUCUCGUUGAUCGAAAGUCCCGAAGACUUUGAAGAAUCUGAUAUGAGUAUACAUGAUGGGGGAGGGGCACAUGAAGCAGGGGUAAAAGAGGGAAACUCCUGGGAGAACUCCUAUGACCUGGAGGAUCUUGGUGAGUGGUCUGAUUGGAUUUAUGAAGGCUCUGAGAGUCAUGAGUUUAAUCAACAGAUGUAUUACAAUUUUUUACCCCAGAAACUUCGACCUCUUCUCCCCGUAAAGCAGCAGUUGACGAGGAGAGAGACUUAUGAUCCCUCGAGAGACAUGGGGGGCCUCAAAUGGAACAGGAGAGAGCAUAAAAUUGAAUACGGAAAUUUAUCAAGACGUCAAGACUCUCAUAUCAGACCCUGCAAAAACUCCCAGAAGAAAAGAAUAGAACUAACCUUGGAAAAGUCAAUAUUAAAGAACAUGAAGGUGUUAAACCAAGUGAAUAAGGAAUUCAUCGCUGGAGUGACACAAAACGAGAACAAGAAAUAUCUCCUCAUCAUUGAUCAACAUGCGAUGGAUGAGAGAAUCCGUUAUGAGGCCCUUCUACGAGAAUACAGAUAUAAUCAAAAUACUCUAUCGCUGUCCCAUCUGUAUUGCCCACUGGAGAUUUCAGAACUCCCUGACGAAGUUAUGCCUCUGAUACUAACGAACUCACAAGUGUUAAAAUGUUUUGGUGUCACAUUCAAGCAGAAGAGCAGAAACAGUGUAGAAGUGUCAACAGUGCCAAACUGUUUCUUGUCAAAAAAAUGCAGCAAAACGGCGAAUACAAUGAGAAGUGUUAAAGAAUUGAUCAUCGAAAUUGGAGAGAAGUUGAUCCGCAAGAGUGGUGUGAAGUGUUUGCCUAUUGUGAUUCAUAAUGCUAUUGCUUCAGAGGCUUGUCAUGGUGCUAUCAGAUUUGGUGACGUAUUGAACGUGAAUCAAUGUGAAACCCUUGUGUCUCACUGGAUUGAGACGGAGCUACCGAAUCGCUGUGCCCACGGUCGACCAGCAGUCGUCCCCUUGAUGGAGAUAAACGCCUACAGUCGGAGACAUCAGAAGGUGUUUAAGGUAAGUGGAAAGAAAAUUAUACAAUGUCUUUGGUUGUUUGGACUUUUACUGGCGAAUAUACGUCCAUUUCUACUGAUUUCAUUUAGUAUUUGUUCGUUACAAAAUCUCGUUGAAUUAGAAUGUUAUCACAUUGGUAUCUGAAGCAUUCGGACUACCAGCUGGUUCCUCUUACGAUGAGGUUCACUCAAGUAUCACCAUUUUUUUCAUAAA